AUAUAUAUAUAUAUUCUCUGUACAGCUUGUCUUGUAUCACUGACCUCACCGAGUACAGGAAGAAAAACUACUUUCUCUGCCGUGUGACUGAAGUGACCCUCCACUUGAACCCGUGUUGAACAAGACGCCUCUGCACUGACUCCAGUCAAAGAUGUUGAAGAUCCUCUUCUUGGUGUCCUUGGCGCUGCUGGCUGCUUCCCACAUCCAGUCUGUAAAGAGUUCCUCUUCGGGUGGUUCUGAUGCUGGUGUCCAGAAGCCCUGUGCCCGCCUCUUCCACCCGGAGACUGGGGAGCAGCUGGAGCUGCCGUCCCUCCCAGAGAAGAAGAAGCUGCUGGGAGGAGCUGCUGCUGGGAGUGAAGGAGCCUUCAGCUUCAGCUCCUUCAUUGUGAUGGACGGGUGUCUGCUCUCUCUGUGGGUUGCAGGUUCCCAAGAAUGGGGCCUGGAGUCUCGCUCCUUCCCGAUUGGGGCUUACCUCAACCAGCUGCCUGGUGCUGGGGUCUCCCUGACCAGCUACCAGUGCACCUGCGACCAGGAGAACAAAGUCAUGGCCAGCUUCAGGGACUUCAAAAAGAGGCACAUUGCAGAUAAAAAUGAAAAUGGUCACGGUAACUUCUGCUCACAGAAAAUACAUCGUAGACGUAUAUAUGAACAUGGAAGAUGCAAAUACUUAAACACUUUUGUGUUUGCUGACGAUAACGAUAUAAUCAAUGUGUGUAGAAAUCAAGGUGUCCGGAUUUCCAGUAAUUUGUAUAAAAGCAGGAAUCGGUUCAGAAUUGUGGUUUGUAGAAAUGCGAACCAAAAUCGUAGACCCCCAAACUGUACCUACAGAGCUGAAAAUGCAAACAGGAGGCUGUAUAUCAUUGUAGGCUGUGAUAGCAACAGGCUGCCUGUACAUUUUCAGAGAACAAGCAACCGCCCUCCUGUAUUUGGAAUCACUGGAAGAGUUUAAACUCUACUGUGAAGAACCAGCUCUCUCCGCACUGCUUAUUGCUUUAAGAAACCAAGACACGUAGCCUGCUGUUAAAUUCCUCUUGUGUGGCAGGAAACUAAUGGGAAGAGAAAUGCAAGAUUAAAGUGGAACUCUAGUUGUUUUGUAUGUGUGCAUGUUAGUUUUCACUUUUAAAUUGCAGUCUACAGUGCUUUGUUUCCAAGAUAGCUUUCUGAUAGGAUGUGAAGUCAUCUUGGAAACAGAGCACAAUGCAAUUUAAUAGUGUAAAAAAGUGGUCAGGAUGUACAAAAAAACACACACUUUACCUUUAAAUGGUUGUAGCAACACAUCAGAACAUGUUAUACAAAACAAGUUGAGUUCCCCUUUAAAGCACUCCACAAUAGAAUUGACUCUGCAUUGUACUGUACUGAUGAGCAAGCAGGUUGCUAUUGAAGCUCAUACAGGUAUACAGUUAGUUGUGCUUGUAUAUUUAUACAUAUAGACAGGAGAUGAAUCCCUGUUUUUGAAUAUAGGGCCCUAUGUGCUUAUGGAAUCAGCACUGUAUCACUCCAGUAAAGCCACAACUCUGUGAGAUUAGCAUCCACAGCACCCUCCUGUGGGCAUUUUAAUAGUGCACCUCACUGUCCUGAGCAGCUGUGACACAUUAGAAAUUAGCUUAUUGAGACACGUGUACUUCAAAGGGGAAAUCAAGUUUUAGUUAUUCUGAGUGUUACAUGUUCCCAUAAGUUAAUACAACAAAGGUGUGUAUAUUGUUUUUAUUAUUUAUUUGACAUCCUGACCACUUUUGUACUCUAUUGAAUUGCAGACAACAGUGCUCCGUUUCCAAGAUGGCUUCACAUGCACCCUUCAGAAGAACUUCAGAACUACAUUUCCCCAUAAUCCUGCUGCUCAUGUAUGGAUGAUGGGGGUGAUGGGAAAUGUAGUUCUUAUGUUCUUCUGAAGGGAAGCCAUCUUGGAAACAAAAGAACACUAUAUACUGCAAUUUAAUAAUGUUAAACCACACACACCUUACUUAAACAGGAACAUAUAACAGAAAAAAACAACUUGAGUUCCCCUUUAACUUCAUACCAGUUCUGUAAACUUGCAAAACAUGACACAAACCCACAGUGACAAGUGAAGAGAAAUAGUCUCCAUCUUGUCUUGACCAGAGAUGUGAUUAUUUGAAUGAAUGUGUGAUGAAUUGACCCUCUUUGAUAAUUCCUUUCCUGAUGUUGAGAUAUUGAGAAUGGAAAUGCAAGACGGUGUU